AUGUUGUACGAGAUCUUCAAUGCCGUCGGGCCAGUUGCCUCCAUUCGUGUUUGCCGCGAUGCAGUGACUCGCAAGUCACUGGGGUACGGAUACAUCAACUUCCACAGUGUUGCCGAUGCAGAGCGUGCCCUGGACACGCUGAAUUACAUGAGUAUACGGGGUCGAUCGUGCCGUAUCAUGUGGAGUCAGCGGGAUCCAACUCUGCGGAAGACAGGCGCUGGAAACAUUUACAUCAGCAAUCUGGACAAAAACAUUGACAACAAGGCGCUUUAUGACACCUUCAGCUUGUUCGGCAAUAUCCUCUCAUGCAAGGUGGCAUCUGAUCCCACCGGCAAGUCUCACGGCUAUGGCUUCGUGCACUAUGAGUCAGCUGAUGCAGCGCAACAGGCCAUUGAACGUGUGAAUGGCAUGAUCAUCGGCGAGCAGGCUGUGAAGGUGUGCCUCUUCCAGAAGCGAGAUAGGGAAGCCGAGAAAGAGAGCUAUACCAAUCUGUACGUGAAGAGCUUUCCAUCCGAUUGGGACGAGGAGAAGAUGAAGGAGUUCUUCAGCCAAUGUGGCCCGGUCCAAGCCGCAGCAGUUCGAGUGGAUGAGAAGGGCCGCAAGUUUGCUUUUGUGAACUUCGAGGAUACAGCAGAUGCUCAGCGCUGUGUUGCUGAAAUGCACAUGACGGACCUGCGAUCAGACGAAGAGAAGCAAGCCAAUCCGGAUGAGGAGAUCGGCCCCGACGGCCACCCUGUCGGUCACCUGUACGUGCAGCGAGCACAAACCAAGAAAGAGCGACAGGCCGAGCUCCGCAACAAGUUCAGCGAAACCAAGAGCUCCAGCAGCUCCGGUGUUAAUCUCUACGUCAAAAACCUCGAGCCAGAUGUGGACGAUGAUUCAUUGAGGCAACUUUUCGAGCCUUUCGGACAGGUAACCUCCGCCUCGGCAAUGAAGGAUGCUGCUGGCAAGUGCAAAGGCUUUGGCUUCGUCUGCUUUGCGACACCCGACGACGCCACGAAAGCCGUGACAGAGAUGCACCUCAAGGUAGUGAAAGGCAAGCCGCUUUACGUUGGCCUUGCUGAGCGGAAAGAGGCUCGACAAGAGCGCCUUCGACAAAGAUAUGUGGGAGCACCUGGCACGAGCUACAAGGGUGGAGGUGGAAAGGGCGGCUACGGCGGCUAUGGCAAAGGCUUCAAAGGAAAAGGCGGCAAGGAUGGCAUGGGCAUUCCGACAAACAUGGAGGCUUAUAGCUCCCAGGGCAUGAUGAUGAACAUGGGUGGUAUGGGCCCCAUGGGUGGCAUGGGUGGCAUGGGCAUGCCUGGAAUGGGUGGCAUGAUGAGGCCUCCGAUGAUGGGAAUGAUGCAGCCUCCCAUGCAGGCAAUGAACAAUGCCAUGCCGAAGUUUGGCAAAGGUGGAUUCGAUGGAGGCGGAGGCGGCGGCAUGAUGCCGAAUCAAAUGGCAAUGAAAGGAAUGCCACCAAGCGGGAAGGGAAUGGGCAUGGGACCCAUGCCAAUGAAUGCCAUGGGACCGAUGGGUGGUGGCAUGAUGCGGCCGCAGCAGCCGUGUGGAAUGCAGCAGAUGAUGCGUCCGAAUCCCCCGCAGCCAACGAGUGGACCACCAGCUGUUAGCGGCCCAGUCCAGAAGCAAAUGAUCGGUGAGAAGCUCUAUCCACUCGUCGCCAAAUACCAGCCAGAGUGGGCAGGCAAGAUCACCGGCAUGAUGCUCGAGAUGGACAACAGUGAAUUGCUGAUGCUCUUAGAGUCCGAAUCGCAGCUCCGUGGCAAGGUUGACGAGGCCGUUCGUGUCAUCCAAUCCGCACGUCGCCCUUGA